AUUAUAUUCAUAAUUUACCUAAUGGAAAAAUUGAUCGGGGUGAAAUUAUUCAAACAAAAUGUUCAGUAAAAUUUUACAAGUUUACUCCUCAAGACCUUACUGCUUGUCCAUUUAUUGCACUAGUGUGUAUCAGAAUACAUAAUCAUCCUCCUCCUCCCCCAGAAAAAAUUCCAGCAGAUAUAAAAUUAAAUUUUCAAACAUUAAUUCGUCAAACUAUUAAUGAUAAUGAUAUAGUUACUUCUGGAAAUAUUCAAUCAAAAACUUUAUCUAAUAUUCACCAAUCAUUGAAUAAUGUUGACAAAUUACAAAUUUUAGUUGCAAAAGCUUAUAAAAAUUUACAUCUAUAUGGUCAAGACAUAUUGGGUGUUCUUCAUGUAGCUAAAACUAAUAAUUCUGAAAUAAAAAAUUAUAUUCAUCGAAUUG